UACUGGUAACGUCCGUGGUCACAGUAUGUGUUAGUUGGGAUGUCAUCGUUUCGCCCUAUUUAGAAGAGUGUUCGACAGGUGGCUCUUUCAUAUCAAUAGGCACAGGUCCUCUGAUCAGUGUUAGACGACUCGGUCUUCGGUUUAGAAGUAAUCACGACAGUAUUGGCAGCCUACCAGGUCUAGACAGUGUCGCAGAGGAACAGAACAGACGAAGCCAACGGCCUAAGAAAACAUGCAGGUCUUGAGUGUAGCCGCCCUUCUGCUGUUUCUGAAAGGGUGUCUUGGCGCCACAGACAUGUCCCAAGAACAGAUCAACACGAUCUUACAGGCCCACAACAACUACAGGAAAGCCGUCAACCCCACAGCUACCAACAUGGAGUAUAUGGAGUGGGACGAUAGCCUGGCGACCAUAGCUCAGGACUGGGCUGACGGCUGUGACUUCGCACACAACUCCAACCGUGGGGACAAUUAUGCCGGGUCUGUGGGGGAGAACAUCUACGCCGGCACUGGAAGCUACACUGCUGGCAGUGAAACCGAGAACUGGCACAGUGAGGUGUCUGACUACACGUACAGCAGCAACUCCUGCAGGUCUGGCGCUGUGUGCGGACAUUAUACACAGGUUGUUUGGGCCACCAGUAAGAAGCUUGGGUGCGGCGUGAAACUCUGCAGUACUCUCGGCACAGUCAACUGGAGUAACGCCAACCUGGUGGUGUGCAACUAUGCUCCAUCUGGAAACUUUGUCGGACAGAAGCCCUACAUCAGCGGCACACCCUGUACCCAGUGCGCAAACGGCAACGACAACUGUUCCGACAAGCUGUGCGGUAACCCGUCUGUAACGUUAACAACUGAUGCUCCCAAUGGCAAUGGCGCCGGAGGCGGUCCAUCCAACACUACAACCAGCCAGGGUAUAGAUAAUGGCGCUGUCCGCCACUGGAGCUUGCUGCCGCUAGGGGGCGUGGCUGUGACGCUUCUCAUACUCAACAUGCCAUAAAUAUAAAGGAAGACGUAUAUUCCAUUUUAUGUGUGACCACACAUUGCACAAAGAAGAGAGUCACAUAUCCCCAUUAUCUCAUAGCAUGGAGAUCUCUUUCAUUAUUAAACCGUAGCGUAUAGAUUGUUAAAUUGUAACACGACAACGGUCUAUAGCUAGUAGCAAAGUUAGGCAAGCCAUAAAGUGGGAACAAUAGGAAUUAUAUGAGAUAAUGAACGAUAUAAUAGCGCGUGAGGUCAUUUGAUAAGCUACUUCUUCACAUGACGUCGUUGCUGUUUACAGAAGCUAAAGGUAGAAAUACUGUAUGUUAAGUUUGGAAAUAAAGACAUUUGACU